CAAUAUUCAUGAAACUCUUAACUUUUGGCUACUCACUUUUCUUCCCCUAACAGUUCCAAUGACUACCUCGCCGCACCGUUCUGGCGGCGAAAGCGACGGCAACGGCGACAAAAGACCAAGACAGUUUGACACAAAGACAAAGAGCAUCUGCUGGACAAAGGCUGAUACUGUACCCGGCCGCCAUCCAGAAAGGUGGCGUAAAGACGCCGCAGGUAACAUUGUCUGCAAGCGCUUCUUCAACUGCCUUGGUUGCCUCUGCUACGAGUACGAUCACAUCGUCCCUUUUUCCAAAGGCGGUGAAUCGACAGCCGAUAAUUGCCAAAUACUUCAAUCAAGAGUUAAUAGAUUGAAAUCGGACAAAUAUCAGAUUGAUUCGGAGAAGUUGAAAGGUUACUCUUGUGAUAUUAAUUUUACUGACAAGGAGCUCGAUAUAAUUGAGAUGGCUGUUUAUGGUGAUGUAAUCCGGCCAGGGAACCAGUGUAGAUGCAGAACUGUUGAUGAAAUGCUUGGAAAAUUUAAGGCCAAAGCAAAAGACAACACAGAUGCAUGCAAGUUGCCUUAGGAGGAUGAGUUUUAGCUAUAAUAAACAAGUUUUCAAAUCAACUUGCAUUAGUAAAAGAGGUCGAAACUUUUACUUUACUCUCUUUACUUAUUUACAGAGAAAACAUUACAAAUCUCACUUUCUGUCAUUGGUCUUGUGUAAAGAUUGAUAUCUAGACCGUUUAUACUUGAUGAUUAAAAGGUGGGUGCUAACUUAGUGAAAACAUAAGCUGUAAAUUUUAGACAAAAGUACCCACUGGAUUGUUGGGCAAGUGCAUCAGCAAAGGUUUUAUUACAGCACCAGACUGUUGCAAAUUAUCAAUUUGGGAAGUCCUGUAACCCCGAAGUGUGUCAGGUGUUCGUCCCGACAAAUGUGAUUGUAUUCAAUAAUAUAUAUUUUUUAAACUAUUACAAGUGUCAAUGUUUUAUUGUUGUGUCUGUGUCAAAUUCAGUCUUAGGAUUGAAAACUCUGUUAUUUUUAUAAACUACACAAGGGAUUCGUAUUCA